UUGAAAAGAAAACUGCAGAAGAUGCAGACUGUGUUUUGGAAACAGAGAGAGAGAGAGAGGACAGGGGUGUCCCUCGUUUAAACGUGAUGCUUGAAGUCUUCAACAGCAGUUCGCAGUGGAACCGGAGAGCGAAUGAUUCCCACCCGCAAAGCUGUUUUCUUCAAAUGGCAGCAAAAAUCAUUUAUUUCACGGUGAACGGGAGAGCAGAGCAGGCUGAGUUCCGAGAAGACUGUCCUGCACAAGAUGUGAAAGAGCUGUUGGCUGGACUACACCCUGGCCAGUUGUGAGACAGUUCAUCUUGUCACCACGUCUGUGGGAGGUCAGAGCAGACCAGAAUACCCAGAGAAAAUAUCCAUGGAUACAGAACUCCACACAGAAGGUGCCCCCGGCUCAAUCACUCAAACCUUCAGUCCCAAGAGCUGAGGCAGCAGUGCCUAACCCAUGCAACCACAUGACUUAUUCCGAGCAGCAGCUGAAGCAGGACCUUAUGAUAUCCUGAAGCUGUACAACACCAAAGGGAACAUCAUCAACAUCUCCCCCGGCCUGGAGCCCAACACCCCCCAGAGCUGCUACAAGCUGGAAGUAGUGGCUGCCGAUUGUAACAGUGCAGACCUUGCUACAGUUCUGGGAUUUGAUCUUUCUUCUAUGGAAAAAAGGUUACAGAGCCUGGAAAAGAAGAUCCUGGUGGAGGCUGGCGAGACUCCCUCCGUUGUGCUUGAAAUGAAGAGCCAAGUAGAAUCUUUCCGGGAGAAGCUUGAGAGUGUGGAGCACCUGAGCUGGCUGGGGCUUUUCAAGGAGCUGUCGGAGGGGACACACAAGCCCUCGCCGUUUUACCACAAGAGAGCGCUGCGCAAGACCAGAGAGGAGUGUGAGCGCGUCAGAGAAACGUUCCUGCAGAUGAGCUCUCUGGAGGUCACAGAGGAGGUAAAACAAUACCUCAAGACUCCUACCUUUGAUAACUGGCAAUGGGAAGAUGCAGAAAUCAUGGUGCUGCUGCGAGUGAUGUACACCGACCUGGACUUUAUGACCAAGUUCAAUAUUGAACUGGAAGUGCUGCAAGAGUUCCUGUACGAGGUCUACCGGCGCUACAACAAUAUCCCUUUCCACAACUUCAAGCACUGCUUUUGUGUAACUCAGAUGAUGUAUGGUUUAAUAUGGCUGACUGAUCUUAGGAGCAAAUUUGAUGACAUCGACCUCUUGACUAUGAUGACAUCUGCUGUCUGUCAUGAUUUAGACCAUACUGGCUACAACAAUGCUUAUCAGAUCAAUGCACGUACAGAACUGGCACUGAGAUAUAAUGACAUUUCACCAUUAGAGAAUCAUCAUUGUGCAGUGGCUUUUGAAAUCCUUGAAAAGACGGAAAACAAUAUUUUUAGAAAUCUUUCAACAGAACAAUACAAAAGGAUAAGAGAAGGAAUGAUCAAGUGCAUACUUGCUACAGACAUGGCAAGACACAACGAGAUCCUGAACAAGUUCAAGUCCAUCCUGCCAGCAUUUGACUUCACUAACAAGGACCACAAAGACGUUCUGAUGAUGAUCAUGAUCAAAGUCAGCGAUAUCUCUAACGAAGCUCGGCCCAUGGACGUCGCAGAGCCGUGGUUGGACUGCCUACUGCAGGAGUUCUUUAACCAGAGCGACAUGGAAAAGCUGGAAGGUCUCCCUGUAACCCCAUUUAUGGAUAGAGACAAGGUGACCAAGCCUUCCUCGCAGACCGGCUUCAUCCGCUUUGUCUUGCUACCUCUAUUUAUAGAGCUUGCAAACCUCUUUCCCAGCCUGGAGCAACACAUCAUUGACCCUGUGCGGAAGGCGCUGGAUUACUACACCGAGAUGGAGAAGGCGCUGGAGAAGGAGAAGCAGAACCGAGCCCAGGGCGACCAGCCUGGAAAGGUCCAGGUAGCGAACACAGACAGACCCAGGGAGCCAGCUGCCCCAUCUGACCCAAAAACUCCAGCCAAUGGAAACCUCUCCAGGCCUGCAGGCCCUCUGAAACCCCCAGCCUCCACGGUUCCCUACAUCAAGAAGUGAAGGACCAUCCUGGGACCCAUAACCAUACUGUGUGAACUCAUUUGGACAUCCCUCCAUUUUCUAUCCGCUUUUAUCCAAUACAGCAUCAUGGGGGGAGACAGAGCCUAUAACGGCAAGCAAU